CUCUUCGACGCCGGGCGUCGUCCGUGUAGCGCGCACCUCCCCGCCCCGCAGUUCUCGCGAGUGUCGGUCGGUCGCGGAGGAACCCGGCGUGUAGUUCGGUGGUCGCCGACCGUGUGCUGUCAGCCGGAUCGUCAUUCGCCCACCUCUUGCCACACAGAUUGCCGCCAGCGCGAGGUGAUGGGUUCGGCCGCGUGCAGCUGCCACCGCCAGCAGAGUGACGCGGCCUGCUGACGUCACGGCAGCCAGCACUCGCAGGCGGCGUGUUGGUGAUGGCGUGAGCCUAUGGAAGCAGAGUCGGCCCCCGCGCUAGGCGAGCGUCCCGCGUCGGCGGCGGCGCAGCUGCUGCACGUGCCGUGCGAUGGCGCCGCCUCCGCCUCCGCCCCCGACACCGCGCGCGACUUCCCGCCGCCGCCGCCCCCGCCGCCGCUGACGCCUCCGACCUCGAACCUGGACCGCCUCGACAACGACGUCGCCGAUAACAACAACAACAACAACAACAACCGUGCCUCGAGUAACGGCGAUGACGAGGGACGCUGGUCGUCGACACUGUCCGAACGGACCUGCUCCACCAACAAUAACCACGAACCGAAUGCCGGCGCUGAAGAAUUUUCUACCCAGAGGAGUCUAUUGCGCCAGGCGUCCUCGCCCUCCAGGCUGGGACUCGUUGUCGCUGCAGACGAGAACCUGAACACCUACAGAAACAGCAAUGCGGGGCAACACUGUGCUGUCGGGCGAGCGCUGUCGCAGUUGUCGGAGGCGGAACUGGACCCGCUGUUUGGCAGCACUGCGGACGAAGAGCAGGUCAGACGGGAGGCCCCCAGCGAGGUGGUGGAGCGGCGCGCCGUGUCCUCCAGGUCCAGCUGGGAGGCGCCGGGCGCAGCUGCCGGCGCCGGUCCGACAGCGGCGGCGGCGGUGGCGGCGGCAGCAGCAGCAGGUGGUUGCGCGGGCGCCGGCUCGGUGCGCCGGCGCGCCGCCGCCGCCGCCGCCGCCCCCGACGCCGGCGACCCGUGGAGGCUGCUGCGGCGCCGCACCGACCCUCUGGACGCGGCGUCGCUGCUGAUGCCGCUGCCCAGGGACUACCGCGACGCGCUGUCCUCGCUGCUGUGGCAGCCUUACGACUGCCGCAGCGACGACGACGCCGCCCCCGCGCUGCUGGCGUCGUCCGCGUCCUCCUCGCCUUCGACGAGCUCCUCCGAGUCGAGCGUGGCGGCCGCGCCCCUGCUGGCCCUCCGGCGGUGGCCGGCCGCCGAAGCUGCGGCGCUGCCUUCGCUGGCUGCCGGAGCGGCGGUCGGCGGCGGCCGCGGCCGCGACCAGUUGCCGUUCGGCUGCCUCCAGUGCUGCGCCGACAGCAGCCGCGCGGCCUGCCCCCGCGACAUGUUGGUCAACGUGCCGCCCCCGCCCCAGCAGGCCACUCCGUCUACGGUCCUCGCCCCCUCGUCGUCGUCCUCCCCCCCUCCGCAGCCGGAGUCCGUCAGUGUUGUGGUGAAUAGUGGCUCGUUCCCAGUGGUGAAUGUGACGAACGUGCGGACCUUCACUUCGACCGAGGCGCAGACUGACGAUUUCGGCGACGUGCCCGGCCCGGGGGCGGCACCGGCCCCGCCGCCGCCCGUCCCGGCGCUGCCGCAGCCGCCGCCGCCCCGCGUGCCGCCCCCGGCACCCGCCCCCGCCGCCGGUCACACGAACCGCGAGCAGCGGCGUCGCGAGAGCGCCGGGGGCGGUGCCGCCCCCGCUGGCCGACGGCCCGCCGCCGCCUCCGGGGGACCGCCUCCCUGA